AUGGGUCGUUCACCUGUGGACUGGGACGCAAUCAAAGAACAAGAUACCGAUGAGGAGGACGAUGCCAAUGAUGAUGAUAAGUUGAAUACAAAGAAGAGAAAGAAUGAUCAAGUUGAUAUCAUUAGACAACAAGAUGAUGUAGUGGAAGAAGAAGAAGAAGAUGAUGGUGAUGUCGAUGAAGAGUUAGAGCGUGAACUGAUACUUGAAAGAGAACAAAAGAGAUUGAGAUAUGAAGCAGAUACUACAACAACAACUACAACAUUUACAACUACAACUACGACAAAGGAAACAACAAAUGAUACAAUUACAACAGAUUCAGAUAACAACAACAACAACAAUAUAGGAGAGGUUAUUGAUGAGACAACUCCAGAGCAGCAAGUGACCAAUGUAAAUAGUAAUGGCAAUGUCAAUGGCACUGGUGAUGGCUCACCCUCAGUCAAUGGCACCUCUUCAACAACGACAACGACAACGACAACAACAAUAUCCACUCCCAAUGGCACUGGUACACGCACACUCAAUGGCAAUGAGAUUGAUAACAUGGAAGAAGACAAUGAUAAUGACGACACUGGCACUGCAACUGGCAAUGACACAUCUGGGACAACGACAACGACAACAACAACACAAUCACAAUCACAAUCAUCUGGUACACCAAAAAGCAAACGUGGAAGAAAGAAGAAAGAUCCGACUAUACCAAAGGAGAAGAAGAAGAAGGAAUAUGAGAAUACUACGUUGCAACCGAUUCAACCUGAACAGAUCACUCUUUAUUCACUGGGCGCAUUGGUCAAGAGGAAGAUCGUUGGUGCUGAGAUGCCAUCCACGCUAGAGAAGAGGACGAGCAAAGGCGCUGCAUCGGCUAAGGGUCGCCGACCCAACAUCGCAUUCAACAGCGCGGCGAGUGAGGACGAAGAGGAUGAUGGCGCCGAGUUUGAGAUGGUCGACGGUGUCAUCGUGCCCAAGAUGCGUGGCCCUUCCUCCGCACCAGUCAUCUACGAACAGGCCAACUAUGACACCAACUCGCUCAUCAACAGUCAAUCUUUCUCGAAACGCGAGACACAGCGUGCAUGGAGCAAGGCAGAGACCGAGGUCUUCUACGAGGCGCUCAAGAAGUAUGGCACCGACUUCACAUUGAUGGAGACUGUGUUUGACGACCGAUCACGUCUGCAGCUCAAGAACAAGUUCAAGCGCGAGGAGAGGAGCAAUCCUGAGCGAGUCCAUCAGCUAAUUAGUGCAGAGCGCCAGGCCAUUGAUCUGCGCGAGUUCAGGAAUGCCAGUGAGGCUGUCAAGCUGAAAAAGGUGCAGCGCGAGGAGGCCAUCAAGAAGGCCAAGCACGACGCCGACAGGCGUGUUGAUGAGGAAAACCAGCAGGAGUUGGACGAUCUGCAGGACGAGCGCGCUCAAGCGGAGCGUCAGCAGCGAUUUGGUGCCCUGGGUCGAUCGUCAGGCAACAAUGACCAUUCCGAGGAGGUCAUUCUCGACGAGUACCAACAGCAGCAACAACAGAUGCAGAAUCAGAGUCAGUACGACUACUUCUCAUUCCAAAGCGAUUGUUAUGAUGUCGGUGAUGACUAUGGCUAUUGA